AUGUUGCGCCACAGAGACGACAUCAUCUGUCCUCUUCCCCGACACAAAGUCCGCCCUCGUUUGCACUCUGGCUUGCACUUUACCCUCCAACUCGACGGGACUUUAACUCGGGCCGUCUACUUUCAGAAAGAAGCCAACCACUGUCUUGGCGACACUUCUGAUACAGCAGAAAUGGGGCGACUCUUUGCGCCGGAACGCAUUCCCGUGAAAUGCUCAUCGGAACUGGAGUCUAGGAACAGAAGUGUCCGCAGGCAUAGGGCUCGAGUCCUGUGGGGUCUGGCAAUGAGACGAAAAGGCGAGGUUGAGUGUUCGUGGGUAACUGCCGACAAACCGUCACCAACGGAGGACUGGCCGAUGAAGAGGCAAUGCGGAAUGUCGUCGGCUGCCCCAAUCCCGGCUUCCUUUCCCUUUUGA